AGGUCAUUUUGUUUGGAAAAAAUGAAGGCGCACUCAAACGUGUUCUUCUUCCUCUUUCAUGGGCUCUCCACCUUUAACGGAUUUGAAGAGACAGCCAUUCCAUUUUGUGUUGGCAAAACAGAGUAUACACGUAACUGUAAUUUAUAUAUCUAUAAGGAGUGGUUUACACUUUCAAUGGCUGCCAUUCUUCCUUCAUAAUCAAUCUACAUUUGUUCUUCGCGUAAACAAAGAGAAAACUCAACCCAUCAAUGUCCCCGUUUUUCCUUUUCCUUUUCUUUUCUUCUUCUUCGUCCAAGAGAAAAUGUAAAAGAAUUGGCGUCAGAAAAAAAUAAAAAAAUAAUAAACACCCAGAAUUGUUAAAAGCCCAAAACAACCUGCAACACCAUUGUUUUCUCCAGUUUCUUCCUUUGUUUCAACAGUGGUGUUUGCGGGUAAUUUUUUUAAUUUUUUUUUCGGUUAAUAUUUUUGUCUGCCUUUUUUUGAAGUUUUGAGUAACCCAUUGAAGUUUUUUUUGUUUCUGGGUGAUUGAUUGAUACUGUAUGUGUUUUGUUAAUUGAGGGAAUAUGCAACAUAACAUUUUUGCAACGAUGCGUAGUUUGAAUAUGAUGGAAGGAUGUAAAGGAACACAAAUUUAUGCUUUUAAUCCAUCUGGGAAAACCACAACAAAUGGUUAUGGUGGUGGGGGUGGGGUUGGUGAGAAAUUUCUACAACACCUUCAUGAGAGGGUGAAUUCUGUUAGGUCAAAGUCUAAUAGGAAUUACCAAGCUUUGCAACCCAAAGAUAAUGUGAAAUCUGUUGCUUUAGCUGAAGCCCUAGCUAGUUAUGGCCUUCCCCAAACUGAUUUUAUUGAACCCCAGAUUGAAUCUUAUCUGAAAUCGGUCAAUUUUGUGGAGACGUUAGCUGAUGUUUAUCGUAGGAUGGAGGGUUGUUCUCAGUUCGAGAUAUCAGGGAUGUAUCUUGAACAAUAUGCAAUAUUUAAGGCGUUAUCAGAUCCUAAAUUAUUUAGGAAGUGCCUAAAGUCAGGCAGAGAACAUGCUGUUGAUGUGCAUUCUAAGGUUGUGCUUUCCGCGUGGUUGAGGUUUGAUAGAAGAGAGGAUGAACUUAUUGGUGUAUCGGCUAUGGAUUGUUGUGGGCGAAGCAUUGAAUGUCCGAGGAGUUCUUUGGUGCCAGGGUAUAAUCCUGAAUCAGCUACUGAUCCUUGUACAUGUCACCAGAGACCUAUACAAGAUGAGGAUACUGAAGUUUUCGUUGGAGAUGAGGAAUGCUCAACAUCAAUUAGUCAUGGUGAUGAGGAGGGGGAUUAUGAUAUGUCAUUUUGCAUCGGGGAAGAAGAGAUCAGGUGUAGGAGAUUUAAUAUGGCUUCACUAUCUAGGCCGUUUGAAGCGAUGCUGUAUGAUGGCUUCAUGGAGUCACGAAGGGAGAAAAUAAAUUUUUCACAGAAUGGGAUUUCUGCAAAAGGGAUGAAAGCUGCUGAGAUGUUCAGCAGAACAAAAAGUGUGGAAUCAUUUGAUCCAGACACUGUCUUAGAGCUCCUAUCGUUGGCCAACAAGUUUUGUUGCAAUGAAAUGAAGUUUGCUUGUGAUGCUUAUUUAGCAUCAUUGGUUUUUGAUAUGGAUAGUGCUAUGUUACUUAUUGAAUAUGGGCUGGAGGAGACCGCAUAUGUUCUCGUGGCAGCUUGCUUGCAGGUGCUAUUGAGGGAACUUCCAAAUUCAAUGCACAGCCCCAACGUGUCAAGGCUCUUCUGCAGUUCAGAAGGUAAGGACAGAUUAGCUUCUGCAGGGCAUGCUUCUUUCUUGCUGUAUUAUUUUCUGACCCGAACAGCUAUGGAGGAGGACAUGAAAUCAAACACAACUGUAAUGCUCUUGGAAAGACUGGGAGAAUUUUCAAGCGCAGGCUGGCAGAAACAGCUCGCAUUCCACCAGCUAGGUUGUGUGAUGCUUGAAAGAAAAGAGUAUAAAGAUGCUCAGAAAUGGUUUGAGGCAGCUGUUGAAGCUGGUCAUGUUUAUUCCUUAGCUGGCAUUGCCAGAGCCAAGUACAAGCGCGGCCAUAUGUACAAGGCAUAUAAGUUGAUGAACUCCCUCAUAUCUGACUGUACACCUUCCGGAUGGAUGUAUCAGGAGCGAUCCCUGUAUUGUCAUGGCAAGGAAAAGACGAUGGACUUGAGUACCGCUACUGAAUUGGAUCCAACCCUUUCUUAUCCAUAUAAAUACAGAGCUAUGUCAAUGGUUGAGGAGAAUAGAACUGAGGCAGCCAUUUCUGAGAUCAACAAAAUUAUUGGUUUCAAGGUCUCUCCUGACUGCCUUGAGCUUCGUGCUUGGUUCUUAAUUGCCCUGGAGGACUAUGAAGGGGCUUUAAGGGAUGUCAGAGCACUGUUGACUUUGGAUCCCCAGUAUGUGAUGUUCCAUGGGAAAUUGCAAGGUGAUAAAUUGGUGGAGCUGCUACGUCAUACUGUUCAGCAGCGCAAUCAGGCUGAUUGCUGGAUGCAACUAUAUGACAGAUGGUCCUCUGUAGAUGAUAUUGGCUCCUUAGGUGUUGUUCACCACAUGUUGGCCAAUGACCCUGGGAAGAGUCUCUUACUGUUCAGGCAAUCUCUCCUUCUUUUACGGUUGAACAGCCACAGAGCUGCUAUGCGUUGUCUGAGAGAAGCCCGAAACCAAGCUACCUCUGAGCAUGAAAGGCUAGUCUAUGAAGGAUGGAUAUUAUAUGACACAGGUUAUCGUGAAGAAGCUAUUUCUAAAGCUGAGGAGUCCAUCUCAAUCCAGAGAUCAUUUGAAGCCUUUUUCCUAAAAGCAUAUGUUUUAUCAGAAACCAAUUCAGAGUCUGAGUCAUCAUUAUAUGUAAUACAACUGCUUGAGGAAGCUCUUAGAUGCCCUUCAGAUGGUCUUAGGAAAGGCCAGGCUCUGAGUAAUCUGGCAAGCAUCUAUGUAGAUGUUAAUAAGCUAGACAAUGCAAUUGAUUGCUACAUGAAUGCCUUGACUAUUAAGCAUACACGAGCCCAUCAGGGCCUGGCACGUGUUUACCACCUCAAAAACCAGAGGAAAGCCGCAUAUGAUGAGAUGACAAAGUUGAUUGAGAAGGCAAGCUACAAUGCAUCAGCUUAUGAGAAGCGUUCUGAAUACUGUGAUCGUGAAAUGGCAAAAAAUGAUCUUAGAAUGGCGACAAAGUUAGAUCCCCUCAGGACAUAUCCUUACAGAUACAAAGCAGCUGUUCUAAUGGAUGACCAUAAAGAAUCUGAGGCCAUUUCAGAGCUAACCAAAGUCAUAGCUUUCAAGCCCGACUUACACCUGCUCCAUCUUCGAGCAGCUUUUCAUGAUUCGAUGGGUGAGCCUACAUCUACCAUUAGAGAUUGUGAAGCAGCCCUGUGUCUUGACUCCAGCCAUGCAGAUACACUUGAGCUUUAUUCAAAAGCACGACAACGAUCUAAUGAACAACAAUCAACGUGAAAGAGCAGAUAAAAUCAUUGGCUUCUUCAGGAUUGUUAUUUUGGUGAGUCAGUCACUGUCUCACUUCUGCCUAAGUUCUUUUAAGGUGCACACAAGGUCAAUACUAACUCAUGUGAUGAUCCACUUCUUUUAUGCUUAAAGGAAUUCAUAUGAGACUUCCAACGACUGCUAUACAUGGCAACGGCAAUAUUAAAAGAAAAUAAGAAUCAGAAACGGAAAAUACUGAAAAGAUAAAAAAGUGAGGCGAGUUGUAAAUAGAAAUGCAUUCUAACUUGAAAUAUUUGUGAACUUCAUAGUGCAGAAUGCUGCUGAUAAGAUAGGGUUCUUUCUAUAUGUACAUUGAACUGCAGCUUGCUAUGAAUGUCUGGUGCUCUGCUUAGUCAGAGUUUUUCCAAUGUGAUGAGACUCACUUGUUAAUUUUCCAGUCCCUUUAUAGCUAGAGUAUGUGUCCAAAGAGGAUAGACUUUAAUUUUUUUAUUUUACUUGGAUUGCUUCAAAUAGACUGUCUUAAGGGAAAGUCUUUGAAAGCCUAAAAAUGCAAAUUGCACCCGAAGGGAGUGUGAUGUAAGCAACCUAUCCUAAUGCAACUAUUAAUUUUCCAAUGUGAUGAGACUCACUUGUUAAUUUUCCAGUCCCUUUAUAGCUAGAGUAUGUGUCCAAAGAGGAUAGACUUUAAUUUUUUUAUUUUACUUGGAUUGCUUCAAAUAGACUGUCUUAAGGGAAAGUCUUUGAAAGCCUAAAAAUGCAAAUUGCACCCGAAGGGAGUGUGAUGUAAGCAACCUAUCCUAAUACAACUAUUAAUGCCAAUUCCACG